CCUUCGAAGCUGCACAUCUCGUCAUGCCGCCUUUACCAGAUCUCACCCGCUCAUGCAACAUCGGCGACUCAUUGACGCGCCCACUCUGACUCGUAUUCUACUCAUUGGAUAUAUACGCCGUCUUCACCAUGUCUGAUUGUACACGGUAGAUCUAUCUAUCGCGUCCCCGGCUCCUCUCUCGAACAAAGCCAAUGCAGAGCACUCGUUGAGCUUAUCACCGAAGUCCGCGGAAGAAAAGAGGAGGAGGCGCAUGAGCACGCCACAAUGGCCGCAGAUCUGGGAGGCAAAGGCCAACAGAAGAAAUGGAAUACACACAACCUCUCCAAAAGACUGGGCGUCGAUGUGGCGUGUGCAGCAGCAGCGGGCGGCCUCGUGGCUCCCCUAAUCACCGUCGUAGACAAAUGCAUCAUAGAAAACGCCUCCGGCAAGCGGCCCAUGGCCGAAUCCAUCAAAGCAAGCGUAACGCAGCUCCUCUUCCGCCCGCACCGCUUCCUCUCCUCGCGCGCCUUCCUCAUCAUCCUCUGCGUCUACGGCGGCACCUACACCAGCGCCAACACCGUCGACACCUUCAAAUCGACGACCAAGAACCGCGCCGCGAGCGCCACCACCUCCGGCAUCUCCAAAUUCACCGCCACCUCCGCGACAAACCUCUCCCUCAGCCUGGUGAAGGACAGCCAGUUUACCAAAAUGUUCGGCACCGUGUCCGCGCGCCCGAUCCCGCCGGCCUCCUACGCGCUGUUCAUGACGCGCGAUGCCCUUACCAUUUUUGCGAGUUUCAAUUUGCCCUCCGUCGUGGCGCCGCGGUUGCCCAUUUCUGAUGAUUUUGCGGAAAAGUACAUGACGAGGGCGUCGGCGGCGCAGUUUUUGAUUCCGGCGGCUAUGCAGACGGUGAGCACGCCGCUGCAUUUGAUGGGACUGGAUUUGUAUAAUCGCAAUGGGGGCACGACGUUGAGGGAGCGGUUGAGCAAGGUGGGAGCGGACUGGGGGAAGAGCACGCUUGCGCGGAUGGCGAGGAUUGUGCCUGCGUUUGGAAUUGGUGGGGUGGUGAAUAACAAUUUGAGGAGGAAGUUGAUGGAGCCUUUGGAGAAGUGAGUGGGCGGUCGUCUUUGAUCGUGGCGUAUUGGAGAGUACGGGGCCAAAGGGGAAAGAUGCAUAUCGUGUACUUCAUGAGGUAUGAGUGCUAGCGGAUACUCGCAUAUAGAUGGAGGCUCAGUGCAAUUGGGGGCGUUAGGAACUUGCGCACAGUGUAUGAUUAGAGAACGGU